GCGAACGGUCGUGUAUCUCUCUUGCCUGCCUUUAGAGUGUGUGGCGGAUGCGCGUUAUUGCCGGUUCGAGAAUAGUUGUUGUUGUUGUUGUACGUACACACAAACACACGCACACUCUCACAGUUAUCCCCACCCCAAAACAAAAACCUCCGCCGCCUUAGUACGAUUCGGUGAUCCUCUGUGUCUUUUAUAGCCCAUAACUUGGCGGACUUGCUUAUCGCUGUUUUUUUGUGAUACCCAUCGAAAAUCAUUAAGUGGAAGGGUAUAUUCAAUUAUAACAAAUAUAAGACGCUCACGGGACAAAGUACGCACGGAAGGAAGGAAAGGAACGGCGACGACUCACUGCCAACAGAGAGAAAGAGAGAGUACACAAAUCGUUCGUCCAAGAUGCAAUUAUCCGUGGCUUUGGUGGCUCUGCUGCUAGUUCAACUAGCUAUAGCCACUCCCACACCAUCACAAGGAGCUGCUGCCGAGGUUGACUGCCCCGAGGAUUGCACUUGCUCCCUGGCCCAGCAUACACACAAACCUUUGCUGCAUUUGAAAUGCUCUAGCACAAAGGGACUGAAAACGUAUGAGCGGAUAGAGGGAUCUAAGAUACCCAUACAUUCCAUUGAUUUGUCCUAUACGCGUCUGAUCCGAGUGGGUCACAUAUUGGACGUAUUGCCGAACAUCACUUCAGUGGAUUUGUCGCACAAUGAACUCCAUGAGAUGGGCCAUUUGAGUAAACGCAUCAAGAAGCUAAACCUGAAGCAUAAUCGUCUUACCUCGGCCUCAUUGUCGCGCUUGCCUCCUCUAUUGCAAGUGCUGAACUUGCAACAUAAUGACAUCACACAUUUACCCGAAGAGUUGACCCAUCUGAGGCAUCUGAAGCAAUUGGAGCUCAGUCACAAUGCCAUCAAUUGCUCCUGCAAGACAUUGAGCGUCCGUAAUUGGCUGCAAGAGCAAAAUGUCUUCAUGGAACAUCCCGUAGUUUGCACUUAUCCCCUGGAGGCUAGAGGCAAGUCUUGGUUGCAAUUGAAACGGGAGGACAUUUGCCUGGCCGAGCAUCAGCAUCAGGAGAAUUGGUAUGAGGAGAGCGACAAUGAACUGAUGAUGGGUGAUCAGCCCUUGGCCGUUUCCACAGAGCACGACGAAGAGGAGGAACUGGGCAAAGAUUUCCUACCCAUUGACAAGAGCAAGGUAACAAAGUCAGCCAAAAAAGUGGCCAGAUCGCCAGCCAAUGAGCCAGAUGUCGAGGGCUCUGGUGAUUUGAGUGAGACGAAUAUGGAAUUGAUUGCCCAAGAGGUGCCACAACCACCAGCAGAAGAGCAAACAACUCAGGCACCAGUCAGCAAUGUGGAGCACAUUGUCCACGAUGAACCGUCAUCUGCCGAGGAUGAAGACGAUGAUGCUGAUGGCUCUGGCUCCGGAGGUGGCAUUUUGCAUAUACCAAUUGUACCCUUUGUUCCCUUUGUUGAGGGUGAAGACUUUGAUCCUGCAGCAACUGACAAAAAAUCCGACGACAACAACGACGACGACGACAAAUACGAUCGGACACCCAUUGAGGCACCAUCGCCAAGUGAAUUCGAUGAGAAGAGCAUUGGCAUCUAUGCGGGUUCAGACGGGCAUCAGGAUCAGGCCAAGCCGGUCAACGAAGAUGUCAUUGUUCCAGUGGUUGAAACCAAAUUGGACACAAGUGUGGUUACCGAUGGCCCUCUGGAUGAUGACAGCAAGGAAUCUGAGGACAUUCUGGCUGCCAAAAUGGGCAAACAUGAUGACAGCAAUGCCAUCUAUUAUCUGCUCAGUGUCAUUGCCCUGAUUGUGGUGGGUCUCAUUCUCUUUGUGGCCAUCAAGCGAUGCAAAUACAACAGCAAUGCGGCCGCCCGCGAUGCCGAGGCUCAACGUCAGACCGAAUUGCUUGACAUGGACAAGAAGCAAUUGGGCAAACCUUUGCAAAAGAAUGGCCAGGAGCGUUCUCCUCUGAUUGGAGAGAAGACCAAACUGGAUGAGGCGCAGAUAGUCAAUGGCAACGGCACCAAGAAACCCUACGACAACAAUGAAGUCAAGGAUGCGGCCAGCCAACAGCAACCCCUGCUUAAUGGCAACGGUUCGCCGGCCAAUGGCAAGGAUGUGCCCACCAUCAAUGAGCCAAAUGCUCCGGCUGUCCAUGAAUAUUAUCCGAUUACACCGCGUUAUCCCACACCACAGUCACCGAGAGCCUCCAAAUAUGCUCAGCAACAAGCCGGAGCUGAACCCAAUAACAAUGAUGUGGAAACCGAUGGCAAUGCCACAUAUCCACUGCCAUCGUCACCCAAAUCGGGACGCUAUUCGCCCGUUUACUCGCCCGAGACGGGACGUGUUAAGAUUAAGCUAACAGAGACACCAAGGCCCAAGACUCCCAUGUUGGUCACACGCAGCAAAUCGAAUGCCGGCGAUAUAAUCACAACUCCUGUCACACAGCCAGCCGUAGUCAAUGGCCAUUGAAUGUGUCCACCCAACUCCAUAAACCACCGCCACCCAACCCCCAAACCACUGAGCUGAGGGUGGUGGGUGCAAAACGGCAAAAUGGCAAAACUAUUCGUUUUUAAGGCUUCCCCCCAUCCGCCCCCUACUCCCAGCCCACUUAGCGAUUACGCUAAGGUAAACUAGAGCCAAGAUUUAAUUUUAGCUCGACCAACAACAACAACAACAACACCAAUAAGAGAAUGUAAGAGGACCCUUUCCGUAACCCUCUCUCCCUCUCCACCCUCCAAAAAAACAAAACAAAAAAAAAGUAGUGUGUCUAGGCUCUAAGUAAAUUAAUUAAUAAUUAAGCAUAACUCUAGUUUAAUACCAAAGUUAAAGCAUAUAUUUUAUAUAAAUGUAAAUUUAUUCCUCUUCCUUCUCCCCCCAUCUCUCUACCCAAGCCCCCCUUCUUCUUCUUUUUUGUUUUUAUUGCCUGCCUCUGCAUCUCUGCAUGUGAUGACCACAGAAUCAUACUUACUAUAAACUUAUGUACUUUUUGAAAUAAAAAAAAACAAUAUUUGUACUAUCUACUAUAUUAUGUAAAUUACUUAAGCUGCAUCCUGCAUUCAAUUGUGAAAUGAAAUUAUGUGAAAACAACAACAACAGCAUCAACAAAACAAAACCUGAUGAGUUAAUUCGAAAAUUAUGUGAGCGACUUUUCAAUACAAAAAUAAAUACGAGAAAAAAACUAUAAACAUAAA